AGGACAUAAUCAACAGGUAACUGGAAAUCAUUCACAUAUUGGGCAAAAGAAAAGGAAUCUUCAAUAAAAUAUCUACUUCUGGUAGAAGAAAGAUAUUUAGACAGGAUGUCUGAUAUAAAAACUGCCAAUUUGGAUGUGGGGGUGCUAACAGAUGAUAUUAUUGGUCUCAAGGCAAUAGUGGGCUUGUGGAUCUUUGGUAAACCGUAAAAUCUAGCAGGUACUGAAUUAUAAAUGUACAGUAAUUUACCUUGUAUUUGUGUUAUGUGGCCCUGACUGACCCAUCGCUUAAUCAAUGCAUUACAUUUACCUUUUACCAUUUACAGUCCUUUAACUUCAAAUGUAAUUCAUCAAAUGAUGUCGUAGACAUCCUGAAGUAAUUUGAAAAUUUGUCUUCGUGCUCCCUUCAUUUCGGAAAAAGGGUUAAAAUACACCAAAUUCCACCCGUUUGAUGAGGAUAGGGUGUACCCAGUGAAGUCUAUUAUUCCAGGAUACGCUAAAACGGACCAAAUAUUUGGACCCGAAGCUCAUGAGUUACAGGUACUCCCAAAGAUCCUAAAUGAAAAGUAACUGUCAUGCACGAGAAUGCCGCGAAUUCCCUUCAAAUACGAUUUUGACGUUGAUGUUAUUUUGUUCCAAACAACAAAAUGUACAUUUUCUGUUGUUUCCCAUUUUAAUUGCAGAGUGGGAUGAAACAGGUAGGUGUUUAUGUAGAAUUUUCUAAAAUUCGUCUUUAAUUGAGCUUUCUUUAUAGAUGAAAUUUGGUAUUAUUAUAUCAACAGCUACAAAAAUAUACAAAAUCUUCUGCAAACUAAUUUUUGAAUAUAAACACACUAUACAGAACUGAACUAGUGCCAAUAAGGAAAAGACUGCAAAAAUUUCCAAGGAAACUCCAAAGUUGAUUUUAACAAUCGACCCAUCGUUGUUUCCACAUGGGAAAGAUUCCAAGACAGCUGAAGAAGUUUGGACUCGCCUGAGGAAACUUUAUGACGAUAGUGGAUUUAUGCGUAAAAUAGGACUCUUACGAACACUAAUAUCCGCCAGAUUGGAUAAUCACGUGAAUAUGGAGUCUCACAUCAAUCAAAUUAUAGAAACUUCACAGAAAUUAAGAAGAACCGGAUUUGCCAUUGAUGAAAUAUGGGUGGGAUCUUUAUUAUUAGCUGGUCUCCCUGAAAAAUUUGCACCUAUGAUUAUGGCUAUUGAAAAUUCAGGUUUGGAAGUUACAACAGAUUCCAUCAAGACGAAACUUCUUGACAUGCAGACAGAUGGCGACACCAACGGCAGUAAUGGAGCAUUCGCUGUUAACAGAAAGUUUGGUUACCGUAAGCAACCGAAAGAGAGCGCAGUUAAAAAACAGCACAAAGAGAGAUCACAGAAUAGGAAUGAUAAAUUCACUCGUGAAAUUGCAGAACAGCACAAUUCAAACAAAAAGGAUCACAGUAAUAUUAUUUGCUUCAGAUGUAAAAAGAAUGGGCAUUACAUGACAAAAUGUCCUAAUAGAGUCGAUGGAGGCUUCAGUGCUGUGUUCACGACAGGUGACUUUAAUGUCACAGACUGGUAUGUUGACAGUGGAGCUAGUUUUCAUUUAACCUCAAAUAAACAGUGGAUGACAUAGACAAAUAAAGAGAAGACUGACAACUGCGAAGAGUCGUUUGAAAUCUUGAUGCUAGCGACCCGAGGGACAGGGUUAGGAACUAAUGUAUCGCUAUUUCACACAAAAACAUAUUUCAUCCUUAUCUACUGUAACUGUAAAUGAUGAAAUGUUUUCGGCGUAAAUUCUAAAUUCCAACCUCUCUUUUGUGUUUCAGUUCUCUCCUGAUUCUUAUUUUCUUGCAGGUUUCAAAAGGCUUACGUUGGAGUUCUGCCAAAGAAUUGAAGAUUCCAAUUCUCAAUCAAUCCUUCGAUUUCCUGGAUAUUUGUCAGUAAUCACAAAAAUAAUUAUUUUAUCUUCAAAUGAAAUGUUUCCUUCUUUAAUAUUUAAGUGGUACAAUACGAUAUAUAUAUAAUUUGAUUCAAUUAUUUCAUUAAUUUCUGUUCACAAAUAUCAAUUUGUAUAAUUAUGUGCAAUAAAAAGUAUGUCAAAAUU